CGCACCACCUCCCACUCUACUCUCCCACCACCACCCCCAAACGAAAUCCCAAAUCGCCGACGAGUCCGUCCGCCGAUCCCCAAUUCUCCGAUGGGCAUCUCCAGCAUGCCGGCGCCCAAGGAGAGCCUGCUGAUCUACCUGCUCUACCACGCCGUCGUCUCCGUCGCCGCGCUCGCGGGCCUCCUCCGCGCCGCGCUCGUCUUCUUCGGCCUCCCCGCCCCGCCCCCGCUGCUGGACGACGGCGAGGGCGCCGACCUGCUCACCCCCUCGGGUCCCACCCUGGCCGAGCUCUUCCGUGCCCGGUUCCGCCCCGCCCGCUUCGGCCGGAGGCGCGGCACCGGCGCCGCCGCGGCGUCGGCCACCCCGGACUGCCGCGUCUGCCUGGUCCGCUUCGAGGCGGAGGCCGUGGUGCACCGCCUCCCCUGCGGCCACGUCUUCCACGGCGCCUGCCUCGAGACCUGGAUCGACUACGACCACGCCACCUGCCCGCUCUGCCGCUCCCGCCUCCUCCCCGCCGCCCCGCCGGCCCCCCACGGCCUGGCCGCCUGGAUUUAGACAAGCCAGAUGAAGAGAGAGAUUCGCUCGUCGAUCGCCCCGGCUACUACGCGCUGGUAGCUCCGUGUGGCCUUCCCGUGUGCGCAUAGGAAAUCUAGAUCUCGGUGGGGGACUGCUGCUACCCUCCUUCCUCCCCCACCAUUUUUUUUUGUAAUUCCGUUUUCUGUACGCCUCGUGCAGUCGCUGUGCCGUGUAAAUAUUUUUCAGCAGAGAUCCUGCUGCGAGUAGUGGCAGCCUUGCUUGUAUACAGGCUUUUUUCGAGAUGGUGGAAAUGAUGAUGCAACAAAUUAUUCUGAA